CACACCACAAUUUCAAAUUAUGAUGUGUGUAGCUGGCUACAAAAGAUAGUUUUCUCAUUUGUGAUUUUCUGAUUUCUCAUUAGGGAGGUGGUGGUGAGUUCUGGGGCUACACUAGUUGAGAACCACUGCUCUAGGGUGUAAAAAUGACUGUUCCUCUAACCAGGACACUCUAGAGAUCAGUGAUCCAUGGAGUACCAUGUUACAGGAUACCUCUCGUGUCAUAUCUGCGUGUGACCACCUUUCAAAAAGAACUAGGCCAAUGUCUGGCCUAUAAUCUAGAUUUUUUUCACAUUUAUUUCUGAUCAGCAGUAUUUAAAAAAAAAAAAGGCAUUGUGUUACAUUGUGUUUAUCUUCAAAUACAAAACGCAAAACUGAUCUUGGAAUGCAAACAGUGAUACCGCUAUGUGCUGCUGGCUUGGACAGCUCCUUCUGACUAUAAAUAGACCACAGAACACAGAUAUGCAGUUGGCUAUGCGCGAUGAGUUGUUGACCCUGUGUGAUGAAAGGCAUCUUUGAUCUUCUCCAAAUCAGCAUUUUCUUUUUUUCCACCCUUCUCCCACUGCCAACCUUCUUGAAGUAUUUUAGAAACCAUGUUGUUCUUUGAGAAGACAAACAUUGAACCACACAGGCCCUGAAGUUAACAUGUUUGUCGUUUUCUGGAGGUCAGGAAGAAAAGAUAUACCAGCAACACUUGGGCACAGGGGGAGGGGUGUUGUGUUGGCAUGUGGAGAACUUUCAUCCCGUGGAUCAGGCUUUUAGUGGGGCCCGUCACUGUGAAACAAAGCUAGAAGCAGAGCAUACAGAAGAUGUUUUCUGUCUUGUAGGUCUAAUGAGAGCACAUUGGCAUUUGUCACUGCAGGGCUGCAUGUGGCUGCCCAAGGUUACCAAGCUGGUGCAGAGCAAAUCAGGCAACUUAUAUUUAGCCUUGCAAAUGGUGCGCUGUGGAUUAUGUCUUGGUGCUCUCCGGUUUCGUCUUCAGUGCGUUUCGUUGCAUGAAGGGGGGCUGUGGAUCAUGAAGAGGCUUCCACUCAGGUGGAGGGCUAUUCGGAGAGUCCCCAAGACACGGGAGACGACACGCUUGAGUUGGACUGACAGUUGUGCAGAGGGUGAGCAGGGGGUUGCUUUCCAUACCAGCAGAGGACAACCAGAGUCACUGGACAUAUCACAGAUUAUUUCACCAGGGUACUGAGGUUUGAGAUCAAACAACAACAUGGAUGUACUCGCCUUAGAGGCAAAGAGUGUCAAUGGAUCAGAUGCUGAGAAGAAGUCUGCACCAAGGCCAAAGCCAAAACCUCCCAAAAAGGCCAAAAGGAUUGUUUAUUUUGAGGUGGAGAUUGUGGACUUAAAGACUAAAGAGAAACUGCUGCUAUUGGACAAGGUGGAGCCGACUGCCACUGUGUUGGAUAUUAAAGCUUUAUUUCAAAAAUCAUAUCCAAAGUGGUAUCCAGCCAGACAGUCCCUGCGUUUGGACCCAAAGGCCAAGUGUCUAAGGGAUGAAGAAGUACUGCAGACGCUUCCUGUGGGAACCACAGCCCAUUUUUACUUCAGUGACCUAGGACCCCAGCUCACAUGGGGAACCGUGUUCCUGUCAGAGUGUGUUGGCCCACUGAUCAUCUACUUAAUGUUCUACUUCCGCCUUCCCUUCAUUUACUCUCCAAAAUAUGACUUCACCAGCAGCAAGCACUGGGUUGUACACUUGGCGUGUAUGUGUCACUCCUUCCAUUACAUCAAGAGGGUCCUGGAGACACUUUUUGUUCAUCGUAUCUCCCAUGGGACCAUGCCUCUCAGAAACAUAUUUAAGAACUGUGGCUAUUACUGGGCCACUGCAGCAUGGAUGGCAUACUACAUCAACCACCCUCUCUACACUACAGCCUAUUACGGGCAGCAGCAGGUGAAUACAGGGCUGUACAUUUUCUUGUUCUGUCAAGUAGGGAAUUUCUCCAUACAUGUGGCUCUUCGUAACCUCAAACUACCAGGUUCAAAAUCAAAGAGGAUUCCCUACCCAACUAAGAACCCCUUCACUUGGAUUUUUUGGCUUGUCUCUUGUCCAAACUACACGUAUGAGCUGGGCUCCUGGAUCGGCUUCACAGUGAUGACCCAGUGUGUGCCUGUGGCUUUCUUCACUCUUGUGGCCUUCAUCCAGAUGACUGUGUGGGCCAAAGGCAAACACCGCAGCUACUUGAAGGAGUUCAGAGAUUAUCCCACCCUGCGCUCCUCCAUCCUCCCCUUCAUCCUGUAGACCCUGGCACAGUCAAAAUAACAGUUGUUACACAUAUUCAGCCCUAUCGCUGAUUGAGUCCUUUUUUUCAGGGCCCCUCCAUUGUUCUGGAUGUCAGAAAAGUGUGCGCUAAGGUUAACUUGCACGGAUGGAUUUUGGUCAUAUGAUCUCCCUGUAACAUUUUCUUCAUGUCACUCCAUAACAAGGGGCGGCAGUUACUCUGAGAGUCUGAUGAAUGCACGUCUGUUACAGACGAUGAAGCCUUCAGAGGUGAAUGCAACAAAGUCUUAAUUUUUAUGUUGUGUGUGAUUUUAAAGAGCAAGAGGAGGGAAAGUAAACUUGGUACUUUUGUUAACAAGUUUGAUGAAGAGUGUUGUUUAGUUUUUGAAAUAUACCAUUAUUUUCAAUGUUGGCACACUACUCCUCAUGGUUCACACUGAGGCUAAACUGCAUUGCUAAACUAGUGUGCAGCCUGGAGGUGACAACUUUUGGCUUCUGGGUCACAAAUUAUAUGCAGAUUCCUACAUAGGUUAACUGUAUUUGUGAUACGGGUUUAGGAAUGAUACAUUUGAGAACAACAUUGCAGACAGCAUGCCCAGACUUAAAAAAAAACUAAACUGAACAAAAUAAAAACACAAGGCAAUGACAAAGUUUGAGAAAUUAUUUCAGUCAUGAAUUCACCAUCAGUGUAUCAUGUAUCUAGUAUUCAUUUGUUUUGUUUUUUUGCAUUUUGAGUAUUGAGGAUUUGUUUCCCACUUAUUGUUUUUGUACUUAUCUUAAGAGUCGUGCAGACAGAAACUGAUGGUGCUUCCAAAAUUGGAUAAGGAGUUAUUCUCCGAGCUCUGCAUAGACUAACCCUCUGGUUUAAAUGCGGAACUUUGAUUCAAUUUUGUUUAUUUUGGAUACUUCAACAUUUUGAAUGCCUUAAAUAAGUUCACAGUCAUAGUUUAUCAGGAGACACACAACUGUAGGGCAGGAUUUCUAUCUCAAGUUGGUUGUUGUUUUUUCUACAGUAUUUAAAUGUGACUCUCGUGGGCCAUCACUUUGUCAUACUUUAACACCCUCUCGAGGUAACGCUGACCCACUGAAACAACUGUUUGGAUGCACAUUGUUGCUCUAACUGUGACUUAAAUAAACAAGUGAGUGAAC